AUGAGAAAUGUCGCAAUUGCUGGUAUCUGCACCAUGAAAAGUCAGCCUGACCCUGAAUUUAGAGAACCUUCUUGGACUGUCUCAUGGUGCGAACUCAUCCUGAGCUCUUUUGCGCAGAAGAUGCUAAUAGUAGAUAUACCGAUACGCUUUUCAUUGAGCAACAACUGUAAUUCAUUUUUUGCGUCUUCAUCGAAGUUCCGCGGUUGGUCUAUCAAGGCAAUGUCUGUUACAAUCGUGAUGCAAGACACUCGUCAUAAAAGUUACCACCUGAAUAUCAUUGACACAGCGGGUGCAUUCUAUCAUAUAUGGUUGUGGAUUGUCAUGUUAUUUCACCACAAUUCUGCUUAUUGUAGGGCAUAUGAAGCCACUGCAUCUUACCGUUUCUGUGAUUGUGUCAUCGUUGUUGACGCACAUGAGGGUAAAUUUUAUCAUUCUGGAUUUCGUGUCGUUCAGGUAAUGACGAAUACCGAGCAAGUAAUUCGCCGUUCUGUGCAAGAACGUUUGCCACUUACCCUUUGUGCAACGAGAUAG